UGAAUAUAACCUAAAGAAAUGAGGACAUUGUUAUUAAUGAAUGAAUUAAAUACAAUUUCUUUCAAAGUUAAAUUUUUUCCAAUCCUUUUUUUAUAGGUAAAUUGGCAAUGUACAAAAAAAUAGGAAAACCUAUAGACUAUUAUUACUCUAAGCAAUGUAUUUACUUAAGUUAAUAUAAUAUAAACGAAAAAUAAUGUGUUCUAUAAAGGCGUACAACUAUACAAAUGUUAUUUUAGUAAUUUUUUUUGCAUUGCUUAAUAUAGAUCCAGUUUUACCUGGAGCAAAUGAUUUGCAUUUUCAUGAUGGGUCGUCGUCGGCUGAUGUCAUAGCCGGAGAUAUAUUUUUUGAGAUACUAGAUCCGCAAGAGUUGCGUUACUCAUAUAGAAUACGACCUGCCAAAGAUUUUGGUGCAACUUUUAAUGACAGCUUUCACAUGAAGAAGGCAAGAUUAGUACCUACCGUACCUAUAAGCAGUUGUUCUGAUCUUCACAAUCAAGAAGAUGUCUCUGGAAAUAUUGCUUUAGCUGAGAGAGGUGACUGCUCUUUUGUUUUUAAAACCGCCAAGGCUCAGCAAGCAGGCGCAAGGGCUAUUAUUAUAACAGAGUCCGUUAACAAAUGGGAUGAUCCAUUGGAUCAUCUAAUAGAAAUGGUGGAUGAUAAAAUGGACAUAGAUGUCAAUAUACCAGCAGCUUUUCUCUUAGGCCGUAAUGGAGCUACUAUUUUACGAACACUUAAAAAGUUACAUAUGAAGUAUGCUAUAGUAAACCUGCCGGUUAACAUGACUUAUGUUCCAAUAAAUAAAAUGAACCAACCACCCUGGAUAACAUGGUAAAUUUUAUGUAAUUUAUUUUAAUAACUUUUAUCCUUAUUUAGUUUAUAAUGUAUAUGUUGCAGCCAACUAGUUAAAUGGCACUGUUUCGUUAAGCGGCUAGGCUGCUAAUUGAAUGGCUUUUUAGCUAGUUUGCUGCGACAUAUACAUUUCAACAACAAUACACUUUUUUAUCAUCUUGAUUCAUGGUUCUGAAUAUGAUUAGUAAAUUAAGACUAUGAUUCGAUAUCUGAAAUAACUAGGAACUUGUCACAAUAUUUGAUGCUUCAAAUUUUGCUCACUUUUUAUUUAUUUUCUAUGGACAAUAAGCUAAUAAUAAAAGUUUGUUGACUUUCUAUAUUAAAGGUGUGUAUUACAAAUUUAAAUAAUUUUCUAUAAUUAAUAUUUACAUUUAACAACUGGAAUCUCAUAUAUGAACUCUUUUACAUUUUGAAGAUAUUAUAAAGAGAACUAUGACUAUAAUGAGUCUAUAUAAUGAAAACCGUUAAAUCUAAUGAAAAUGGUUAAACUUGCCAUUCAGUGUUGUUUGUUCAUUUUAUCUUAAAAGAUGACUAAACUGUGGACAAAUAACAGCUAUAAGUAAGGUUUGCAAUAACGAAAUUAUUUUACUUAUUAUAUUUAUGUGUAUGUUAAAAUUGACACGAAUUUUAAAUGUUUCUAGGAUUGGGUACCCUAGAAAUUCUAGUCCUGUCAAUUUAUGUAAAAUCUUAAGUUCAUAUAAUAUGGUUUUAUGUAAAUGACCCUUUGAGUAAAAAUUAUUUUACAGUCUAACAAGGACAUUCUGGCCGUUAAAAUAGGCAAGUGCAUUAUGUAAAACUAAAUAUGGUAUAUUCAAAUAGGAUCUAUAUUGAUAAAAUUCUAUUAUGUGCCUUGUGCGGCUGUAAAAUAUUAUAACAUUAUUUUACUUGUGUGAAGUAUAAUUUAUUACGUUAAAACAUUCCCUGUAUUGUAU